AUGACCUAUGUUAUAUCUUUAUUUCUGUUAGGGUUGGUUUUAGGACUAGUAGCUGUUUCUUCUAACCCUUCUCCUUAUUUUGCUGCUCUAGGGUUGGUGAUGGUAGCAGGUAUGGGUUGUGGCGUGCUAGUAAGUCAUGGGGGUCCAUUUUUAUCCCUGGUCUUGUUUCUUAUCUAUUUAGGAGGAAUAUUAGUUGUUUUUGCAUAUUCAGCAGCUUUGGCUGCCGAGCCCUUUCCUGAGGGGUGAGGAAGUCGACAGGUGGGGGUGUACAUAAUCUUAUAUGGGUUGGGGGUCGGGUUAGUAUCAAAUAUGUUCUGGGAAGGUUGGUAUGAGGUGUCAUGGGUCCCGGCUGAUGAGCUUGAUGGAUUUACUAUAUUUCGGGGUGACAUUGGUGGGGUUGCUAUGAUGUAUUCUUUGGGGGGAGGAAUACUUGUUCUUAGUGCAUGGGCCCUCCUCCUUACUUUAUUUGUUGUGUUGGAGUUAACCCGAGGCCUUAGCCGUGGCUCAGUCCGGGCGGUUUAA